CAAGUUGAAAUAAAAAAAAAAACGAGACUCCAGAAUUACGUCACAGGAAGUCGAAAACGUACACAACAAAGAUGGCGUCCUCCGGCGAUGCUCCGGAGAGUACUCCACACGUGGGUAAAAACAAGAAGCCUCCAGCUCGAUACUGGGACGAGUCACAGAAGGAGGGAAAAGAUGGAGAACGCACUGAGAAAGCAGUACAACAGAAGGAGAAAACUUCACAGAAAGCAAAGAAAAGGAAACAAGAAGAAGAUCAAAUGGAUGGAAAGAAAUUUAUAUCAGGGAAAUCUGACCCUUUUCCUGGGGCUGCUCCUGUUCCAGAAGACAGAGUGCAGAAGUUCAAGAGGAAAGAUCAAAUUAAAAAGCCAAAGCGCCAGCAUCACAAACUGAGGGACAUGAUGACACGCUCAGAAGAAGCUUCAGAAAUGUCCCAGAAACAAGCUGCCCGGUUUGACCUCCUACUACCAGAGGAUGCUGGAUUUCUUGAAGGUGAUGAAGGGGAGGACACGUGUACGGUCUCACAGGAAGAUAUUGCGGAGGCUGUGGAUAUAACAUCUGGGGCAAAGUAUUUCAACCUGAAACUGUCUCAGUUUGGACCAUAUCGUGUGGAUUACAGCAAGACUGGACGCCACCUGCUGAUCGGUGGGAGGAGAGGCCAUGUUGCUUGUGUCGACUGGCAGUCCAAAGAACUGAUGUGUGAGAUAAAUGUGAUGGAGUCAGUCAACGAUGUAAAAUGGCUUCAUAGUGAGAGCAUGUAUGCAGUGGCUCAGAAGAAGUGGAUGUAUAUCUAUGACUCCAAUGGAAUAGAGCUUCACUGUAUCCGAAAAUUCAAUGACGUCCUCCGAAUGCAGUUCCUCCCUUACCACUUCUUGCUAGCCACAGCGAGUGCUACCGGUUUCCUGCAGUACCUUGACGUUUCAGUGGGGAAGGAGGUAGCAGCCAUCUGCACCAAGACCGGCCGGCUUGACGUAAUGUGCCAGAAUCCCCACAAUGCCAUCAUCCACCUCGGCCACCAUAACGGCACCGUCACCCUGUGGUCGCCCAAUCAGAAAGAAGCUCUCGUUAAGAUGCUCUGUCAUCAGGGUGGCGUGCGCUCAGUCACUGUCGACAAAUCGGGCACAUACAUGGUGACAUCUGGAAUGGAUAAAAAGCUGAAAGUGUAUGACAUCAGAACCUUCAAACCAGUCAACUCUUACUUCCUUCCUGCUGGAUCCUCCUGUUUGUCUCUGAGUCAUAAGGGGCUGCUGUCUGCUGCCACAGGAGACAUAGUUCAGGUAUACAGGGACGUGUGGAGCUCUCCUGUGACUAAACCCUAUAUGGCUCACAGAGUACGAGGAACAGUUUGGGGGCUGCAGUUCUGCCCCUUUGAGGACGUCCUCGGGGUGGGGCAUGGAGAUGGCUUCACCAGCAUGCUCGUACCAGGUGCAGGAGAGCCUAACUUUGAUGGCCUGGAUGCAAAUCCUUAUCGUAGUGCAAAGCAGAGGCAGGAGUGGGAGGUCAAAGCCCUGCUUGAGAAGAUCCAGCCAGAGCUCAUCAGCCUUGACCCUCUCGAGUUGGGACAAGUCGAUCAAGCCACCUUUGAGCAACGACACCAAGACAGGGUCCAAGCUUUGGGCUUUGAUCCACUUGUCAAAGAGAAAUUUAUUCCCAAGUACAAGAAAAAGGGUCGUAGUUCUGCUGGCAGCAUUGAAAAACGCAAGAAACAAGUGGCUCAUGAAGACCAGAGGGAUGUGAUCAGGGAAACUGUGGAGGACAAAAUGAAGAUGGAACAAGAGAGAAAGCAGAGGGAGAAGAAGGCGGCUGUGUUAUCUAGCCAGAGAUCUGCUUUGGACAGAUUCAAAAAGUAGAAAAGGAGGACCCUUUGUGCGGCAAAACCCCAGUGACAUUCUGUGGGAGUGACCUUUGAACUUUAUAUAGAGGGGACAUUUUUGGACACAUUUUUCCACUGCUGGAAGGAAAAAAAUGCUGAAAAAUCCAGGAUUUAGUUUACUAAAAGAGAUUCACUCUGAAGGGGGAGCAUUCAUCUUUGGUCGAGGUUGAGUGCAGUGCUAGGACAGUUCUAUUCAAUGCCUGUAGCCUGAGGCGCUGGCUGUAUGCAUGAGUGGAUUAUGUGAGGAGCAAUGGCUGCUGUGGGUGCAAGUUUUUCACUCAUUUUCCACCUUGUCAGAUGUAGUGUUCAAAUAGCAAAACUAAUUGUACGUGAUCAAUAUGUAAAGAAAAUAAAAAUGUGUUGCCAAGCCUU